AUGCCAACCAUUCCCGUCAAAUUUCGGUUGAAAUACAAAUUUGUAAAUGCCACAAAGAUAAUCACCAUUAUUUGUAUUGCAUUUGUUACAUUGUGUUAUCUCAAUUUCAUUAUUCCACCGCUUCGUCAUCAAAACAAAGAUGUCGCAAUGGACAGCAGACGCAUUUUUUUUCACGAAACGAGUGGCCGUGGAAGUCUCAAUUUCAAACAGUGCUGCACAAUCGAAUCGGUAGCCAAACACAAUCCUACCAGACCUGUCCAGCUAUUCAUGUCUGCCAAAUCUCUGGACGUUUCAGGAACCAACGGCCCAUGGAUGGACAUUCUAAAUAAUCAUUAUUCUAACGUCAAUGUUGUUUUGAUCAACAACGACCAAUUUUUUAAAGGCUCUGCCUUGCAGUCGUGGUACGAAAACGGCGAAUGGCGACAGAGCCGAUUUCGGACGGCCCAUCUCUCUGACUACAUCCGACUCGUCUCCAUGUAUAGACAUGGCGGCCUUUACAUGGACCUGGACUAUGUUGUUUUAAAGCCAUUAGACGAGAAGCUGCUGCACAAUGUUGUACUGGUAGAAGGCAUCGACGGGCGGCAAUUGAACAACGGCGUUAUGCAUUUUGAAGCUAAGCACAGACUCGUUAAAGAACUCAUUGAUUAUUUAUCGAAAGGAUAUGAUCCAGAAGAUUAUUAUUUACAUGGACCCACGGCGCUGACGGAUGUCUACGUUCGAUUGUGUAGCAAUGGAACCGGCCUUGGGAAGUGCCCUGAUGUCUGUCUUUUGUCUUACAAACAUUUCUGCCCCAUCGGUCCACCCUUUUGGCAUUUGUAUUUCGAGGAUGCGUCUGAUCAGUCGCUUAAUAUGAUUAAUUCAAGUUACGGCGUUCAUUUGUGGAACUUCCUCUCAUCCAACGAACCUGUUCGAAUGGGAACACGUCAAUUGUACGCCAUUCUGGCGGAAGAGAAUUGCCCAAUCACGGCUAAAAGAAUGGCUGAAUUUAUUUCGACAUGAUUUUAUUCGUUAAUUCCUGAACUAAUUUCCGUUAAUUCUCGUUAAUUCUGACUAAAAAUCUUUUGCAAUAC